ACACGAGACAUUAUUGGAACGCUGGCCAUUGAGGGGGACCGGCGGUGGAUGAGUCAUAUUACUUCCUGAAUUUGCGGUGUUUUGUCUUGUGUGUGGCCACAGUUGAGCCUUGAGACCAGGGCCACACUGCUGCAGGGCCACACUCCUCCUCCAGCACAGACGUGGGCGGCUGCUCUGCGAAAAUGGCGGCGCCCAACACAGUGGUCCCGCGUAACUUCCGCUUGCUAGAAGAAUUAGAGGCUGGCCAGAAAGGUGUAGGAGAUGGCACCAUCUCCUGGGGACUAGAAGACGACUCUGACAUGACCCUUACCAAUUGGACCGGCAUGAUCAUCGGACCACCCAGGACAAAUUUUGAAAAUCGGAUGUACUCCUUAAAAGUAGAAUGUGGUAACAAAUAUCCAGAUGAUCCACCAAAUAUUCGCUUUAUCAGUCGAAUCAACAUGCAAGGAGUUAACAGCCAGACUGGAGUUUUAUUAUAUGGAAAUAUUACCUUUGUAAGACCCUAUAAUUUUCAAAGUAACAGUAUGUUAAUACAGUACAGUAUAUUAAGGAUUGUUAAAUUUCAGGAAUUCCUUUUGAGGUACAUUCAAUUUAUGUAAGAAAAUUAAUCUUCAUUAUUCUAAACAUGUUUUCACUUUUUAUUAUACCUUCAUUGACUGGACCGAUCUGACCCCAUAUAGGUCAAGAUCUUUAUUAAAUAUAAUAAUGGACCCAUCCAUCGACAGGGUUUGUUAGUGGCAAGCGUUGUAUUACAUUUCAUUAUUCCACAAGUGCAUUGUUAGGGGGGGGGAGCAUUAGUGUAGUGUGAUCUGUCUUUUUUAGGAUCUCCAGGGUACUGUUAACUUUGGUUUAUUUUUAUCUUAAUACUGCUGUUUUCCUCCAUGUUUUCUUCCUCAUACAUCAUCCAAAGCUUGUCUGAUCCAUCCCAAGGUUCUGUUCUAUGACAUUGUAAUGAGUUAAAUUGUGAGAAUUAAAGGUAAUAAAAAUUUCUACUCCA